GGCCUAGGACAUUUUGGAGCCGUUCUCCGCAAACACUUCAGUAGGCCGAUUGCAGCUCCGAAACACCAUGGAUACAACAUGAAUCUGGGGGGCUUGACUACCUUCGCCUAGGUAGUUAUCAUCCCCCGUCUCCGGUCAUUCUCCUCAGCUAUACUCAGCAUCACGUUCAUUCACCUCAACUAGCACUGCAUGUCUGGCAUGGAACCAGAUGGAUCUGAUUUUGAUCCGACGCGGCAGGAGAAGACAACUGCCGUGUCACUGCCUGCGCCGUACCCGACCUCGGAUGAGACCGAUGUAAGCGACAUGGCCGAGGCAGCGACCGAAGAAACGAACCAACACCCAGCCUCAGGCUCAGAACUCCCUUUUUCAAAAGCACGGUGUAUCGCCCUCGUGGCCACUCUUUCGGGCGCCAGUUUCCUCAAUGCCUUAGGGGGCCAAGCCGUGGUCAUCAUUCUCCCGACCAUAGGCAGAGAUCUCGGUGUUCCCGAUUCGCGGCUCCAAUGGAUCUUGUCUUCGUACUUUCUCACAUUCGGAUGCUUCCUGCUCUUUUGGGGCAGGGUGGCCGACAUUUACGGCAAACGCAAGAUUUUCAUAUUGGGAUCGGGAUGGCUCGCUGUCACCAUGCUCGUCAAUCCAUACCUGCCGAAUGAGAUUGCAUUUGACCUGUUCAGGGGUCUCCAGGGCCUGGGAGCUGCUGCCAAUGUUCCAACUGCGAUAGGCAUUCUUGGAACUACCUUUCCGCCGGGCAAGGCAAAGAAUUAUGCCUUCAGUUGCUAUGCUGCUGGCGCUCCGUUGGGCGCCGUAUUCGGAAACUUGCUGGGCGGCAUCAUUGCUCAGUACACGUCGUGGAAGUGGGUGUUUGUCGUGGUGGCCCUCAUGGCCGCUGCCAUCACAGCGGCAGCCAUCUUCAUCAUCCCACCCCAAAAGCACACCCUCCGAGAGGAGGGCGCCUCCGUCGCAGCGUCGAUCGACUGGCUAGGUGCCGUGCUGAUCACGAGCGGCCUUCUUGCGCUCCUCUUCGCCCUGACGGAGGGCAACGUCGUGGGAUGGCGUACACCGUGGAUACCAGCGCUUAUUGUCGUGUCCGUCAUCCUCGUCGCUCUGUUUGUUCUUUGGCAGAGGCACCUCGAGCGGACGGGGAAACGCGCGCCAAUCGUGAAGGUCUCCAUGUUCAGCAGCAUGCAGUUCAGUGCCGCCAUGGUCAUCAUGGCCAUCUUCUUUAGCAGCUUCAACGGCUUCUUGGUGUACGCCACUUUUUUCUAUCAGGAUUUCCAGGGGCUGUCCACGCUGGACACAACACUACGCUUCCUCCCCACUGGCUUAUCCGGCUGUAUCACCGCGGCCAUCGUUUCCCAACUUCUCGCGCGGGUUCCGACAUAUGUUAUGCUAGCGGUCGGCAACGCCUGCAUCUCCAUCGCGGCCCUGCUCUUUGCCGUGCCCAUCCCGCCAGACACAAUCUACUGGGCGUACGGGUUCCCAGCCAUGAUUAUCUCGGUCUUUGGCGCCGACACGACGUGGCCGUGUCUGAUCCUCUUCACCAGCCACUCGCUGCCGCAAGCGGACCAGGCCCUGGGGGGAGCCCUUGUCAACGCCAUGGGGCAGGUCGGUAGGGCGAUUGGCCUGGCAGUGGCAACGGUAAUUCAGACGGCUGUGAUGGCGAAGGAAAGGGGCAUCAGUGUCGAGCAUGCAGGACCAGUGAAGGAGUGGGAGCUGGCCUCGCUCCUCGGCCUCAGGGCAGCAGAGUGGUGGAAUUUUGCGCUGGGGAUUGCUGCUCUGGCUUUGGUCCUUGUGUUCUUUCGCGGUUCUGGUAUUAUCGGAAAGGCUGGUGGUCAGAAGAGUGAGCGUCCCGUCCAAACGGUGGGCGGUCGGGACGACCCUGAAAGCCAGAAGGAAUGAAGUUUGAGGACAAUCAAGCUCGGCAAAAGCAGUUUAUUAGAUAGAAAGAGAAGGAAAAUAAGAGGACAGGUCCGGAGUGGACAGCCUUGCAGCUGUGACAAUUGCGAUGCCCGAGGCAGCUCAGGGGCUAAUGUCCUGACAGCUCAAAGCAACCCGGGCGGCGUGACACGAAUGGAG